GUCUGUAACUCAAAACUCUAGAUCAUGCUACAAGUGAGCUCCGAUACUUGAAAACUUGAGUACCAUUUAAACUGUAAUUAUUUUUUUAAAAGUAUGACGACUUUACUCAUCUACUAAUUGUCAUAUGUCGUACUUAUAACAUACAAGUAAUUAGUAUAUAUUGUAUAUAUUAAUAUAAAUGUGAAUAAGUGUAGGAUAAAUUUAAAAUAAAUAAAAAUACGGUGAUGAUGAGGAUGAGGAAGUGGAUGUUGAUGUUGAUAUAGAAGCCAGUGAUUAAAUGGCUGAUGAAAAUAAUUAUGUAUUACGAUUUAUGAAAAACACAAAUAACAGAAGUAGGUUUGAGAACGAUUAUAACUACGAGCAGCGACCUCUGAUGAAUGCGAAUGGCAAGGCGGUGACAAUGGAUGCCAAUGGAAAUGGAAAACGUGAGUCAAAUAAAAGCAUUGAUGUCUUUUAUCGACAACAAAAACAAGAUUCCGAUGAUGAGGCGGAAUGCGCUGACCUGGACUUCAUUUACGACGACGCUGAUACUCAUGUCAACGAAAUUGCUGAGUUGUACAGUUACACUGAGCAAUAUGAACUCCAGCUUAAUCUCAAAGCAUUUGACGACCAAAUGGAGAGUUACAAACUCCGACCAUGGUGGCAAAAUCUUGCGGAAGCUCAGCAGAAGUCAGUGAUAUUAAAAUUACUUGACCAAUUGGAGGUAUCGAACAAGCAUAUGCGUAUGAAAGCUGCUAGAUGUAUACUUUAUUUAGCUCAAGGUUGCUGGGGUGAAGUGCAAUCUGAUAGAGAGCAGCAGGAGUGGACACGAACAAACGUCAUGUUGCUGUACGAAGCCGGCGUAUUUUCAGCGUUUGUUGAAUUAUUGAACAUUGAAAUUGAAAAUAAUACAACAGCCAGCUCUGCAAUGAGAAAAUUGGCUGUAAGUCUUGCUGACUCUGUUGAUUUACGUGUUAUACUAUCUGUUUUAUAUAUUAUUACUGAAGUUAUGAGGGAAGAAGUAAAGAGUAUCGGCAGCAGUAUUUAUAAAAAUAAUGUUAUUAAUUUUAAAGAAGAACUUAUACACCCGUACGGUGACGAUUUUUUGAUAGUCAAAUUACUGGGUAUGGUGACGUGUUUUUGCAGCGGUUCUGCGCCUCAUUUUCCGAUGAAAAAGGUCCUGCUGUUGCUGUGGAAGUUGAUACUGGUGUCGCUUGGCGGGAUUGACGAGCUGAGAAGACUCAAACGCGAGUACCGUGAGGAAUUUGGGCUUGACACAAAUCAGGAGGACACUAUUGAAGUCGCCAAGACGAUGCGAGCCAGUUCUCCGCCUGCCAGUGCAACCGAUUUGAUUGGCGAACAGACAUUCGGGGCCAGCAGACGAAAAUUACGCAGGCGUUUGAUGAAGCAGAGUUCGUAUGAAGAAGUGGUGGUCUUUGGAGCUGAAGACUCUGUCGAAGGCGGCGGUUCCGGGGACAAUGAAGGGGAUGGAGAGAUGAUGGGCUACAUGGACCAGCCGCCUAUGGAUUCUUAUCAAUCUAACAAUCACUGCGAUGAUUUAAAUAACCAGCAGCUGCCGAGACCGAGUACACCACAACCAGCUAGAAAUAAGGGACUACCCUGGACACCUAAAGUACGUCAGAAAGACGUCGCUGCGUUUUUAGACACCUCGAGAUUAAAAUUCGUCGGCUAUAAACUGGAAGGCGACAAUGACAGCUUGAUUGGACUCCCCCAGCCUAUUCACGAAGGAGUUCAGACACUCAAACGUCACAUGUACACGUCGCUGGCUGAGGUACAGAUUAUCAAGGAGGAAGAAAUAGCGAGAAAUCCGCUGACGACACCCGAGCCACCGUUGAGACAAAACCCCACGGAAAUUUUAUAUCAGGCUAUUCUAGCAAAUCUGCCGCAGUACAUGAUCGCCCUGUUGAAAAUUUUACUCGCUGCUGCUCCGACGAGCAAGGCCAAGACUGACAGUAUAAAUAUUAUGGCGGAUGUACUGCCCGAAGAAAUGCCAAUGACUGUUUUACAAUCAAUGAAACUGGGUAUUGAUGUUAAUCGUCAUAAAGAAAUAAUCGUUAAAGCUGUAUCAGCUAUUCUGCUUCUUUUAUUGAAGCACUUUAAGAUAAAUCAUAUUUAUCAAUUUGAAUUCAUGUCACAACAUUUGGUAUUCGCUAAUUGUAUACCACUAGUGCUUAAAUUUCUUAAUCAAAAUAUUUUGUCUUACAUUGAAGCUAAAAAUGUGAUUCCUAUACUUGAUUUUCCAAUUUGUGUAAUUGGUGACCAGCCGGAAUUGACAAUUGAAAGUUUGGAGAUCGGUGACAGUCAAUCUUAUUCAUGGCGAAACGUAUUUUCGUGUAUUAAUUUAUUACGUAUUCUUAAUAAACUGACUAAAUGGAAACAUAGUAGAAUAAUGAUGUUGGUUGUAUUUAAAUCAGCUCCAAUAUUAAAGAGAACUUUAAAAGUAAGACAUGCAAUGAUGCAAUUGUAUGUUUUGAAACUUUUAAAGAUGCAAACAAAGUAUCUAGGCAGGCAAUGGCGUAAAACAAACAUGAAAACAAUAAGUGUCAUUUAUUCUAAAGUACGACAUCGUCUCAAUGAUGAUUGGGCAUACGGUAACGAUCUCGAAGCAAGACCAUGGGACUUUCAAGCAGAAGAAUGUGCACUUCGAGCAUGCGUUGAUCAAUUUAAUAACCGACGAUACAUACAUGUAAAUAAAGAUGAACAAAUGGAGCCUCUUGACACGUCAAUAACGUCCGUACUAGGAGCGAAUGUUGAGCUAACAGAUGAAUUUAAGCAGCACUACGAGUUGUGGUUACAACAGGAAGUCUUUCAAACCAGCAUAGACUGGGACAAGUUGCUGGAAAUAACUCGCUGUGAAAUAUAAAUUAAUCCCAAUCUGUUGGCUCAAAUAAUACUCAUUAAUAUGAUACUCGAGCACUUUGUUUUAAUUUUUGUACAAUAGAGUUAGGCAUUAGAUCAUUAAUAUUAUUAUUAUUAUAACUAUAAUUAAUUACUAAUAACAAUUCUGAUGCAUUAAUUAGUUAUUUAAAGUAUUGACUAGUGUCUCAAUGUACGAUUGCAAGAUUUUCAACCCGUGAAACUGAAAUAGAUCAAAUCUUUUUCACUGAAUUUUAAAUAAUUUUAGUGAGUGAGUGUGAGAAAAUUUUUUUUUUUAAUUUUAACUCAUUAAAUUUAUAAUAAAUAUUUAUAUUGAACGUAAUUAUUAAUUAACAUGAAAUAAUUUACGAUUUAAAUUUAAACGUGAGUACUAUUGAAUGAGAAUAAAUGAGUUACGUGUUAUAUCAUAGAUUAAGAUUUAAUUAUUAUAAUUAACGUAUAUAGAACCAAUGAAAUGUCUUCGUAAAUUAAUUAUCGUUUCAACAACACAUAUAUUUUUUUUUAAAGUAGCGGCAUUUGUUAAUAAAUAAUAAUUAAUUCGUUAAUAAUUAAUUA